CUCAGUCCGAAUACGAUACUUAUAUCUUCUAAAUUCAGUCAAUUUUUAAUUAUUUUGUAACCGUUGUAUAUAUACGUGAAUAAUAUGCCCAGAGGUAUGCAUGUGAUCUUUACAGCACUUAAUUUAAUAACUUAAUAUUCUUAUGUGCUUGUCGAUAUUGAUAGAAUUUGAAUUUUGGUAUUAUUUCUACUUAGAAAAUUCGUCAAAUCACAGUAGGAGAAAUGACGAGUUUCUUAAUCCUGAAGAAAUAGAAAAAGAGGGAGUGCGUGAGAAAGAGGACCGAAUUCGUAAUAAUGAUAAAAAACCAGACGACAAGAACAUUUUAUCAAAAGAGAACAAGAGUAUAAGCAAUGAAGAUAUUAAAAAUGGAAGUGAAUCCAAUGCAGUUUCUGAUGACGAUAGUGAUCCUAGUUUGAUAAAAAUCAAGAAUUCAAGUAGGAAAAAAUUGAAGUUGGAAAGAUUGGCUUCACUUAAUGCAUUUAUUGCAGAUACCUCUGAACCUGAUUUGUUAUAUAAACUUGAAAGAGAACAAAUAGAAAAAGAACAACAGGAGAAUCAUCAAAAUGUGCAAGUCCAGGAUAAUACAGAAGAAGCACAAAUAGAUGCGGCUACUUUUAAUAAGCUGAUUAUAAAGCCAUUUGAAUAAGAACAUAAUAAAUGAAAAAGGGGUAAGAUUUUAGUUUAUAGA